AUGAAGGCCAUCACGGUCACGGAGGAAGAGGCUUUGGCGGUCGUGGUAGAGGCAGGGGCCGCGGGCGCGGUCGUGGCGGAGGAAGUUUCGACGGAGACGCCGGAUUUGAUGACAGUUACGGCGCCUACGAUGGCCCGCCUCAGGGAGACUUGGGCUUCGAUGCCUACGGUGGCGGAGGCGAAUCCUUCGACCAAGCCGGUGCCUAUGAUAAUUAUGGGGGUGGCUUCGAAGAUGCUGAGGACGACUACGGCGGUGGCUUUAGAGGCCGCCGAGGGCGCGGACGUGGGCGCGGGCGAGGAAGAGGCGGCGAUCGCGGUGGCUGGCAUGAUCGUGAAGACCGUGAACACGAGCAAGUUAUCGAGGAGCGUAUACAGCGCGAGAGACCGUUAUGAGACAGGCAGCGAUGAAGUCCGCGCUAUCUUUGAGCAGUACGGCGAAGUCAAAACAUUCUUCGACCUCAUUGCCAGCCGCGGCAUGGUGUUCGUAACCUUCUACGACAUAAGAUCAGCAGAAAACGCGCACGAGCAUCUCCAGGGCUCGGAUAUUGCCGGUCGGCCAAUCGACGUGCAUUAUUCGCUCCCACGCGAUGACACGGGCAGAGGUGCCGCUGGUAGCGACAAGAACCAGGAACUGCAGGGUGCCAUAGUGGUUGUGCUUCGUAACUCGGCGAGCGGCCAGCCCAUCAACGAAGAUGCCCUGCGCAUGACGUUCCAACAGUUCGGGGAGUUGAAGUCCAUUCGCCAGUCCAGUACAGACUCUGCAUAUGUCGAGUUCUACGACAUGCGUCAUGCCGAAGAUGCAUGCAACCGUAUGAGUCACCAGACUCUACAGGAUGGUAUCAUGGAAAUCUCGCUUGCAUGGACCGAAGAUCCUCCUAUGCGUCGUGAUGGUGGUCCACGCCCAGAAUGGGAUGAUGCUCCCCGCGGACGCGGACGUGGGCGCGGUAGAGGGCGCGGUGGUCGUGGAGGGCACUAUGACGAUUGGGAUGAAGGGUACGGCGGAGGUGGACGCGGUGGUCGUGGACGAGGGCGCUACGACGACGACGACGGAUAUGGUGGUCGUGGUGGUCGUGGCGGCCGCGGUCGAGGACGUGGCGGGUAUCACGACGACCGCGAUAGUGGCUACGGCAGCGGCGGGUACGGUGGGCCGCCAUCGUCGACGCAAAGCUCAUUCAACGCCGGCUAUGGCCCACCUCCACAAGCACCAGCUCCUACGGCUACGAGCGAUGAUCGCCUUGAGGCGGCACGCAAGGUGCAGGCACUUCUUCAAGCUCUCAAGGGACCGCAAGCUGCUGCUCCUGCACCUGCACCAGUGGCACCGCCGCCUUACGGUUAUACCCCGACGCCUCCACAGAUGACGACUCAGCAGUCUCAGCCGCAAUACCCAAGCUACAAUUCAAUGCCACCUCAAGUUCCCGCACCAGCGUCUGCGCCUGUGCAUCAGCCUGCUGUCACGCCCCAACAAGGAGCUCUGCCAGCAGGGUUACCACCAAACCUCCUUGCUUUGCUCCAACAAACCCAGGGAGCAGCUAAUACCGGAUCAACACCUCCGCCGGCGUAUGCAGGAUAUCAAUCUUCACAGCAACCGCAGGGCGGAUAUCCGGCCAACCUAAUGAACUAUCUGCCGAAGUAG